CAUGAUCGGCUGUGUGUCGGGGAGCUUGACGUUUUGCCUGCUGGCAGCACUUAUCGGAAGCGGACUGGGAGCAGAGGACUAUCCCGACUAUUGUAGCACCUUUGAGGGGUGGCCUGGGUGGUGCGUCCACUACCUAGAAUGUCCGUCCAUCAAUGCACUGGUGCAGAAAAAUCUAUCCGGCCACGAGCUAAGCAAAAUGGAGACAGACAUGUGGAAUCAAGCCAGAUGUUCUGACAGGAAUACGACCUUUGUGUGCUGCCAGGACGAAAUCAAUGCCUCUGGACUGGAGAUGCUGACGAAUGAGACGGAGUGCGGCAAGUUCACGUUGUUUAAGGUCACGAAUGGGCAACGGGUGAAGAUGGGCUCGCGACCCUGGAUGGCCCUGCUAAAGUACAAUGUCGCUACGAUGGCCAGGCAUCAGUUUCUUUGCGGGGCCACGCUCAUCUCGAAACGCUUCGUACUGACUGCAGCGCAUUGCUCGAUCAACGAACUGCCAAUCGCGGUUCGAUUGGGAGAGCACGACAUAACCACAGAUGAGGACUGCAUCAUGGUGGGCUCUAAGAAACGGUGCCAGCUGCCCCACCAGGAUAUAGGCAUCGAGAAGAUCAUCAUGCAUGAGGGAUACCCGAAGAACAUCACUCAGAACGACAUAGCACUCAUAAAGCUGGACCGGGACGUGGUGUACUCAGCUCACAUCAAUUCCAUAUGCCUGCCGCUGUAUCCGUCACUGCAAAAGAACGUGCUGGGUCAGACGCUGUACCUGGUGACGGGCUGGGGGCGCACUGAGAGCGGCCGCCCCUCCAAUGUGCCAAUGGAGGCGUUUGUCAAACAUCUUUCCAUGGAGGACUGUAUCAAGGCCUACAGGGGAUACGCGUUCGCGGAGAAUCAGGUCUGUACAUCUGCCGGCAUACAAGACAGCUGCUCCGGAGACUCUGGCGGACCGCUGCAAUACCCGUUCCGCUUCUACGGAAAACAGCGCUUCGUGCAGGCGGGGAUCGUUAGUGUGGGGUCGAGACAAUGCGGUAUUGAAACUUACCCGUCGGUGGCCACGAACGUAGUGGUGUUCAUGCCUUGGAUCACGAAGCAGAUGGCGGUGGCAUAGCCAAGAGAAAAUCCGAGAAUAGGAUGAAUCCAAUCGCCUCCACGGGGGUACAUCCUUUCGGGCCACUGGCCCGGUUUCAACGCAAUUAAUUAAGUACGCACAGUGAGGGCACAAAGAUUUUAAUUAAAAAUUUUGGCCGAA